AUGCGCUUCCGGAUGAACCGGAUUGCCUGGAUUGCGGAUAUUGAAAAAGCCUUUCUUAACAUCGCGCUGCAGCCCGAAGACGCAGAAGCAGUCAGAUUUUUAUGGCCGAAGGAGCCGAAAAAUCCCGACUCCGAUUUCAUCGCGUACAAAUGGAAGCGAGUUCCAUUUGGGCUAAGUUCAAGUCCAUUUCUUUUAAGAGUCACCAUUAAUAAACAUUUGCUCUCAGUCAAACCCAGAUUCCAGAAGACAGUCGAACAAAUAGAAGAGCAACUUUACGUGGAUGAUUACCUUGGAGGAGCAGACAUCGUACCAACAGCAAUAACCACAGUGGAAGAAACCGUCACGUUAUUUUCAGAGGCCCAACUCAACAUGAGGAGCUGGGCAACAAACAACAAAGAGCUCCGUGACUUUCUCACCGAAAAAGAAAUGUCGAACCAGAUAGUCGGAAUCCUUUCGCCCACAAUUGACGGCCAGCACAAGGCACUGGGUCUUAGAUGGGACACGAGCUCCGAUUCAUUUAAAUUUGACCCUACAUCUAUAAUGGAAGCAGCCGUGGAGAUUGGAGAAAAAAUCACCAAAAGAAAAAUUCUGAGCAUCUCAGCAAGGAUAUUCGACCCAAUUGGAGACAUAGGUUGGGACGAUGACGCCACACCCGAAGUGAAGAACACCUGGAGCAGCAUCAUGAAAGGACUGAAGGAUCUACAUAAUUUGGAGAUCCCACGAUGGAUCGGCUAUUCAAAACCUUCCAUCGUCUCCGCAGAAAUUCACGUGUUCGGCGAUGCAUCAGAGGCAGCCUACGGAGCAGUAGCCUACGCACGGCUCCAACUGGAGAACGGAACUCCUUACACCAUCCUCCUAGCCAGCAAAACGAGAGUGGCGCCUCUUCCAAAAAAGAAAGUAACGUUACCCAGACUCGAACUACUAAGCUCUUUAUUAGCAAUCCGUUUAGGAGAGAAAAUUCGAACCUCCCUUCACACCGAGUCGUGGAAAACGAUUUACUGGACAGAUUCCCUCGUCACACUUGGAUGGAUUAGAGGAGAUCCUUACCGUUGGAGACCGUUCGUACGAAAUCAAGUAGAAACAAUCAGAAAAUUUUCAAACGCGGAGUGGUGGAGACAUUGCCCCGGAUUGGAGAAUCCAGCCGAUCUCGCUUCGCGGGGAGCGCCAGCGCAUGCGCUGGUGGAUUCGAAACUUUGGUGGCACGGACCAGCCUGGCUAACAGAAGAAGAAAGCGAAUGGCCGAAUUCUCCAGAAAACCAUUCCACCGAAACUCAAGAGAAAAUCGAGGAAGAGGAGACGAGGAAAACGGCAACCGUCUCCUUUGCAGCGAUCGAAACCGCUCAACCAAUUGAAUGGCACCUCGAAAAAAUCUCUACAUGGACAAAACUACUUUUCAGAACAGCCUGA